AUGUUCGCCAAUGCAUUGAAGCGGCUGUAUUUGCCAGCAGUUCGAAAGGAGCUCUUCAAGCCUGUUUCUCGAACCUCAACUUUGAUUUCACCACUCCGCAUCAAUCAGUCCAGAAAUGUCUACAAUCAGUACCAGCACUUCCAGAACAUGCACAGAGGCCAGACCUCUAGGUUCAAAAAGUUCCUCUACGUUGGAAUGGCUCUUGUUGCUAUCAACACCUUUGUGUACUAUUACUACUGGCCCAAGCAUACGUUUCCCAAGCUGGUGGCAAAAAUUCUCAGAAAAGGUCUCUGGGCUGAGUCCAAUAAGGGAGACGCUGAUUGGCAACUAGCAUUGAAAUACUAUAUUGAGGCGCUUCAGGAGUGUGACCGUUUGCAAAUGGACCCUUUGUGUGAUGAGUACACUGGCAUUCAGAUCAAGAUUGCCGAAAUGUACGAGCGGUUAGGCAUGAACAAGGAGGCAGGAUAUGUGUUCCAUGAAAUGAGCACUCUCUACUUAUCUGUGCUUCGAGCACCACCUAAAUCGAAAAUGGGAAUGCGUAUUCAAAACAGAAGUCAUCGAGGUCACCUCAUACAGCGGGCCUUGCGUAUAGCGUUGAAGACUGCGUCACUCAAUCAAGACGAGCCUCACUUAAUAAAGGCAAUCUUGCUCACGCAUCUAAUGGUAGCACAAGACGAGGUCAAGAAGAAGAUGGGAGGCCCUGAAUUGGAAGCAAUUGCAAAGAAAGAAGGGUUCGAGGCAUUCCAUAAAGACCAGCCUAUCUUGGAGAGUAACCCUGAUGCGUUUGAGCCUUUUGCUAACGAGUACUUUGGCGCAUACGAUCUUUUAUCGGUCGUGUGUCUUCAACUCCAGGAUAUUGACACUGCGCUCUGGGCCAGAGUGAAGAUGACAAAUGAGAUGAUGAGCGCUCGAGCUAGCCCUGAUAAGUUGUUGCUCUCGCAAUGCAAUGUAGCUUCCUUGCUAUACAUGUGGAUGGAGAAGAAAGAAGCAGAGUUGAUGCAGCUCAACAAGAGUUUAUCGGAGAAAAUCAAUGUGCCUUACGAGAAGAUCAAGGCUCUUGAGCUGGGGGACUCCGAGUUGACGAAGAAGGAAAGAGACGACAUCGAGCAGAAGAUAAAAAGCACUUGGUCAAGCACAGAGUACUCAAUCUACAAGGAACAUCACAAGGUUUUGAACGAUAUUGUGAAGAAAGUCUUGAGCACGUUCGAGUCGGUGAUUCAAGGAUGGAAGGCGUUACCUGCAGAAUUGAAGGACUCUAGCUUGGACCAGACUGCGGCUAUUGCCACCUAUGGCAUUGGUGUUGUUAACCUCCACAUUAAGAAAUACGACGAUGCUGAGCGGUACCUUCGAGAGGCCCGUGUGCGGUCCAAGAAGUGCGGCUACGAGGUGUUGAUCAACGAGAUUGAACGUGAAAUGACUAAAUUGAAGAAAGAGAGAGUAGGUGGUGUCGAAGGUCUAGAUGUUGAGGGCGUGAGUCUGAAAUCUCUUGAAAACCCAACAGAAGGAGCAUAA